AAAACCCCCUCAGAAUAUUCUCCAAGUAUAUUACAGUAAUCCCUGUAUAUUAAAAAACGAAAAAAAAGCAAAUUCACCCCCUUUAAAAAUUUGAACUUUUUCGUAUAUAUUAUCCCCUUCUCCAGCUUCUGCAACCAUUAAUUCACUCUCAGACCAACCUCAACCUCUUCCCAAAACUGAACAUGCCUGCUUCUGCUUCUGCUUCUGCUUCUGCUUCUCACCAACUUCACGAUCUUCUUGGGGACUUCUACUCCAGGAGACUACUCCUCCACAACCCACUUUACCCUCCACCCAUCUCUCCAUCUUCAACCUCGCACGACACAUCUUCGUCUUCUCCCGAUCAGUACCCCGGAGACAACAGCUUCGAUGCUAAUGUGGUCAUGGUACUCUCUGUCCUCCUCUGCGCCCUAAUUUGCUCUUUGGGGCUCAACUCCAUCAUAAAGUGCGCUCUGAGGUGCUCGAGCUUCGUGUCCUCGGAGUCUUCUUCUUCCUCAAGAGACAACUCGGCGAGGCUGGCCAACACCGGAGUCAAGAAGAAAGCCCUCAAGACUUUUACGACGGUUAAUUACUCAGCUGAGCUUAAGCUUCCCGGGUUGGACAGUGAGUGCAUAAUUUGUUUGUCGGAGUUUACAACCGGCGAGCGCGUGCGGCUACUUCCCAAGUGUAACCAUGGAUUCCAUGUGAGGUGCAUCGAUAAGUGGCUGAGCUCUCACUCUUCGUGCCCUAAAUGCCGGCACAGCUUGAUCGAGACGUGUCAGAAGAUCGUUGGCUUCAGCCAGGCAGCUAGCUCGUCGGAGACAACUCGUGCUCUUCCUGUGCAGGAAACUACAGUAAGCAUUGCAGCACUUGAACCUGAAGGGUUUAUUCGUAAUUAUAGGGGAAUUAUUAGCCAAGCUAGCUAGCUAAAUUUAUAAUUCUUUUUUGUUAUUUAGUUGCAUAAUUAUAUAUAUGUGCUGGAUUGCUGAGGUUGAGCUAUGUGCCUUUAGGGUUUUAAUGGAUGAAGCACUCAUUCAAGUAUCUUCAUUUCUGGUUAGAGGUCACUAUAUAGCUAGCUAAGCCAUCCCACCAGCAAGGCAUAGUGUAAUCAAUGCUAGUAGUUGUGAAUUUGUACAGAGUACUUUGGAAUUGUGAAUUAUUAAAUUUUUUUUGCUCCUAAUUGUGUGAAAGUAGUGAAGAAUUUCGAUCUCA